GAGGACGCCGCAGGAACUGGCUCUCUCGGCGGCGCUCGCGUUCCUACUGGUUGUUGAAUAAGGCGGCGGCGGCGCCUGCAGCUAUACGCACCCGCCGGACUUACGUAUUCUGCGCGCCCGCCCAAUGGCUGCUUGCGCCGCGGCGCCGCGCGCUCAUUGGCCGUUGGGGUCGCGCUCAGACUACGUAAGUUCGGCGGUUGCGUAUUAGCUACAGGCGCCUCCGCCCGCCAAAUUCAAUAGUAGCAUCUCGAGCGCCGCCUGCCUUCGCGGUUCCCUCCGUGCUUCCGUCCGCCGGCCCUGUCCGGGCGCGUCCCGCCCCCUGUCCCAUCCGUUCAGGGGACCCAGCGGAGACCAGAUGUUGAUGGACCGUGAAGUUCUGGGCCCGCUCUCUGCUUGGCUGCGCCGUCCUCCCGGCGCGCAUGCGGGGGCGGCACUGACCUCUCCCCCCGGCCUCGGAUCGCCUCUUCGCGCCCGCUGGGCCUCCGGCGGCUCACUCGCCCCUUCUCGGCUCUCCCUUGGAGGGCGGCGAUAGGCCCGGACUUGGAGCCGCUCGCCCGGCUGGACUUCAGAGAGCUCGUCUGAGAAGCGGCUCCUGCUGCCGCAGAUCUGCGGUGGAGGGUCCAGAGCGGGCCCCGCUUCGGGGUGAAGGCGACAGCGACGGCUCUGCGGGCUGGAAGGUCUCCACGGGGAACAACUUUGUUUCUCUGAAGUCAACUCAUGAAAGUUCUACUUGAUCCAUUUCUGCAAACAUCUGCUGUUCCCUACCUCCAGAGUCACACGAGGCAGAAUGCUAACCGGCCGAGAAAACUGGAAUGAAGAGGAGAAGCUGUGAUACAGGAACAUUGAGCCUAUGCUGAGAAGUGAGAUGGUGUGGAGACUGGUAGGUUGUAUCUUUCCAUGUGCUGCUUUCAAGUGUCAUAGGGAAAAAUGAUUGCCAAGGAGAUAAAGUCCGGGGUGUUGACAUCACCUGGUAUCGGUGGAGCCACGUAGCCACUAGCCAUUAAUGGGAAGGCUAGCAUGCGGCACUGUUGUCUUUCCUGUGGAGUUAGGUGUGCGGCGUCCCCCAUUUGCAGUUCAGUCAGAGCCCCUGUGGGACUGUCUUGGCACUGGCCGGGGUGGACCCGAGAGCUCUGCCAUUCCUGCUGGGCUGUUGCAGCAUCCCUCUCAGAACAGGGCCUCCUCAGCAGAGCUCCUGGUACAGAGCGAGAGAGAUAAUUGCGCUCAAGAGACAGGGGCAGUUUUUUUUCUGUAGCUCCGUGAGCAUGUUCCUGAUGUUUAUUUUGAGAUCUCUUUUUCAGGAAGACUGAUUUGAGUCCAGUUCCCAGGUUCCUUUGAAGGUUCAUGUUUGUAGUGGCCAGAUGUGGAUCCCUGUGUUGUCCCACAAGUGGCUGGAAUCUCAAGUCUCUUGAAGUCUUCUGCCUGUCUUCACUUUCCAAGCCCACCGAUCCUCCAGAGCGCACCACGUGUACGGGAUGAAUCUGUUUACUGGAGAACCCUGGGUCAGUGAGGCCUCCUAGGGAGCCACUAGCCAGACUGAAUGAUGAAGUUCUCUGUGAAUGAGGCUUUGGAGGAUCCACCCCUGUUCUGCUUCCUCUGGUGGCUGCCAAGCUGUUGGAUUUAACAUUCUUCAUUGUAGGGGCAUGUGCGUAAGUAGAAAAUACAAAAUCUGCUUAUCAAGAGAUUAAGACUGAAUUAUUGAUAGACCUCCAAAUGGAAGACAGAUGACUGAUGGAAGCCCACCAAUCUGGAAAUGAGAACUGAAGAAUUGAGACGGCAUGUCUGUACACAUUCCCAGAGAAAUUUAGCCCCCAGAGACUAGUGGUACUAGGAAAGCAGCCCACGGGUGUUGCCCUCCCCUGAGCCACAACCAAAUCGUUGCUGUAACGACUCAGGACUGACUGGGAAGCCAUGAAACCGCUGCCUGCAGUAAGCAUAGGAGACUGCCUCCUGAAUCAGGUUGACUUGCGGCACCAGUGGAUUUCCCAGAUUGUGGAAGAGGUACAGAAGGUUGUCCACCACCUGACCACAGAAAUCAGCCACCAAGACAUACGAUUUCAAGCCAUCCCUUACUCUGAAUACAAUGAGAACAUUAAGGUUUUGGCCCCCAGCCAGUUCCUCAUCACAGUCCCAGUGAAAGGUCUGGCCGGGUACAGGGAGGCCCGGGAUCGGCGCUGGCGUUACUACACCCUGCAGGGUGCCAGGCUCUCCUGCCCCCUGAGGGACCCCGAGGGCCUGCAGCAGUGGCUGCAGGUGGAGCAGUUUAUGAGGAGCCUAUGGCAGUGGCACCAGGCAGACGUGAACAUCGAGGGGGACAUUGUGCCCACUAAGGUCCUCCACGUGUUCCGGAAGCUGGUUGAUGAUGCGAUUGGGACCUGUCACCUCUCAGGUAAAGUCAGCAUGCUAACAAACCGCUCCGCAGUUUGGGUUGCCGUGGAAACAUCCACGUGUCAGGUGGAACUAGAGCUGGCCCCUGCCGUGGAGAUCCCCACCUCCUGGUCUGAGAAAGCCCAGUGGCCGCCAUGUCUGAAGCGCUGGCCUUCUCCAGAGAGAGUGGAGUGCAUCAAGUCGUUCGGGUUUGCCUUGCUGGCCUGUUCCAGUUACCACUGGCAGCUGAGCUUCCUGCGGGCCGAGCAGGUGCUGCUGGAGCAGCUGGAUGAGGACGGGGGCUGCCGCAGGAGAUGUUUUCAGGCCAUGAGGCAGAUGAAGGAGGAUGUCUGGUGUCCAGGGAAGAGGCCUGUUAUCACAUCCCACCAUCUGCAGACAGUGCUCUUUUGGACUUGUGAGAAAUAUCCCCGCUUGAAGGACUGGCAGAUCUUCAACAAAGCAUUCCUGCGCCUGGUGAGGAAGCUGCACAAAUGCGUGAGCCAGCACUUUCUGAAACACUAUUUCGUGCGAAAGAGCAACCUCCUUCGGUAUGCCAACUUAGGUGAGUUGGACGCUGUGGCCCAGAAACUGGCCUCCUUCCUGAAGAACCCCCACAUCAGCCUGCCCUGAGGCUCCCCUGCCCAGAACUCUCUUGGACAUUUUAUUCUGGUUUGACCUCGUUCAUUUUCUGUGGAUUGU